AAGACAUCUAACCUAGGGACUGGGCCCUGCUGGGGCCCUCUGGAUGUUGCUCCCAUUGGCCAGACAAGCGGCGGCGGCGGGAGGGCCCCACGUGCCGACCCCCCGUCCUGCAAACGGCUUGCAGCGUCGGAUCCGCGGUGCGCGCAAGGGGAGGCGUCGGGGUGCAGGUUCCGCGCAAAGCUCGGGCGAAAGGCGCCUUUUCGGAAGCCUCCAAGAGGGAGGAGGAGUCGCCGCCCGGCCGCCGGGAUGGCAACGGUCAGCGCAGAGGUGUCAGCCGUGGCUGCGCUCGCUUUGCAGCGGGCCGAGGAACCGGAGGCGGGCUGCCAAGGAGCCAGCGAGCGGGGGGAGAGCCGGCGGGGCAGGGCCGGCGGGCGGACUCUAAGGCGCGGUGGCCACGAGGCGGCGGCGGCGGCGGGCUGCUGAUUGAGGGAAAUGUGAGCCGAGCCGAGCGCGCAGCAUCACUGCAGUGCAGAGAGCGCGAGGCACGCAGGCGGGCGGGGGAGGCGGCGGCAGGCUCCGCGUCGCCCAGGAGACAGUCCGGGCCGGGCAUCCACCCUGAAGGCUGCGGCGCCGCGGGACCAGGCAGGCAGGCAGGCAGGCAGGCAGGGAGGGCGGCGCUUCUCCCGCCCCGGCUCAGCAUCCCGAGGCAGCGACGGCGAGGAGGGACUCCUGCAGCCGCCCUCGCCUGGGUCCCCCUCGCCCCGGAGCUGCUCGCGGAGGAGCCGGCCUGGCCGCAGCAUCUUUGGGAGCCGCGAAAGCCCGGCCCGGCAGGCGCACAGGAGGGACGCAAGGACGGAAGGGAGCGGGCAGCGCGGAGCUCUUGCCCGGGCCAAGGCGCGCCCUCACGAGGAGGCCGGGAGGGACCCGCCGCGCACCGGAGGCUGGCGGGGAAGGACGAGCCAGCGCCGCCCGGGAGGGAGGCAGGGACUGCCCUGCCCGCCGCCUCUGCCUGCCCGGCCGCCUCCAGCGACACGGCCCCUCGGAGGCUGAGCGGGCGAGGGCUGUGCCCCACAAAGCCGGCAUCGGUCGUCAAGAAGGCCCAGCGGAGCCCGAGGUUUCCUUUGUUUUUCAGAUUGAGUUGGGAGGCCAAGCCAGACAACGAGGCUAAAGGACUGUUAGAGAUGAAGCCUUCUGAAGCCCAGCGCCUGGGUAGGAUGCGUUUCACUAGCACCUGCACCUUGAUGCUUGAAGCUCUGUAGAUGUCUGUGAGCAAGAGAGUGGGAGAGACAGGGAAGUCAGACCUCUGGAAUUUGCAAAACACAUUCUUGAGGCCCAUCAGGAUCUCCUCUUUGCAGGUAAACAGGAUUCAAGGCCCUGUGGGGGAAGAGCAGAAGGUGCUGUGUGAUAACAUUCCUUCCUGAGAAACGGCUUCAGCCUGACUCACCUGCCAUCAAGGUGGCUCAGGCCCCCAGGGUUGCAGAGUGGGGGGAGAGGAACCAACAGAACUUGGCUGCCUCAUUGCUCAUCCAGCCAGUCAGCGAGGUGCAACCCUGCAGGGGACAGCAGCAGACCCCUCUUGGCUCCAUGGUGCAACAUCUUGGCCAGCCUCGCUGUACUCAGGACCACCCAGCCAAAGGCCCCACUUGGCCGCGGAUUGCUUUCAUUAAUUCCAGGAGGUUUCUCCAGCACGCCUUGUGCCCUCCAACCUGACCAGCCAGGAAUGCGCACUACCCCCCUGGCUUAGCCCCACAGCCCACCUGGAAGGCACCAUUUUUGCGACGUUUCCUCCAGGAUGUCCCCCUGCUCCAGCGGCCACCUCCAACAGUGCCGCUUCACGGCACAUGCGCGAUUCAAAGCCUGGCUUGCUGCAAACACCUCCUAGCCUCAUGCAGGAGGCCCUCGGAGAAACCAGAGCCACGGACAGUAAUGUUAAGAACCUCCUCAUGUCAUGCCUGAAGGGGCAGCAGGUCAUCAUCAAAAUGGAGGCGAUGAAGAUCAUCCACCCGGAGAAGUUCUCAGAGCUACAGAGCACCCAGUCGCGCUAUGCCCCUGCGCCCCACCGGGACCCUCCCCUUGUCGCCAAGCGGGCCUGGCCUUCGGAGUCAGAGAUCAUCGUCAAUCAGGCCUGCGGGGACAUCCCAGUCUUAGACAGCAACUCGGGCCCUCUGGGGCUCUCCCGGACGCCACCCCCGCCCCGGCGCGAGCGGCUGUACCAGGCGCAACGCAAAGGCAGCUCCGAAAUCUGCUACCACCGCCAGCCACCGCCGCCAUCAGACGAGGUGAUUGUCAACCAGUACGUGCUGCACCCCUCCACCCCAUGCGAGCCACUGGAGUGCCCCACCUGUGGCCACAUGUACAACUUCACCCACAAACGCCCGCGCAUCCUCUCCUGUCUGCACUCGGUGUGCGAGGAGUGCCUGCAGAUCCUCUACGAGUCCUGUCCCAAGUACAAGUUCAUCUCCUGCCCCACCUGCAAGAGGGAGACUGUGCUGUUCACUGACUAUGGGCUGGCCGCACUGGCUGUCAACACCAGCAUCCUCAACAGGCUGCCCGCAGAGGCCCUCUCAGCCAACCCGGUGCAGUGGAGUAGCGAGGCCGAUCGCAGCUGCUACCAGACCUUCCGCCAGUAUUGUGGGGCAGCCUGCACUUGCCACAUACGGAACCCACUGUCUUCCUGCACCAUCAUGUAAGCUGCGUGUCCCCCCCCCUCCCCUGGUUCCACCUGCCCCCUUGGGACCGUGAGAGAGGAGAGAGCGCAACGGCUGGUCCUGCGGGAGGCCAUGAUGACUGACCUGCCCCUCUGCCAGCCACCGAGGACCAGCACCCGCUUGCCUCCAGGUGCUGCCGUGGCGCCCCAGUGGACCCCCCCCCCCAGCCUGGCACCUGUGUUUACAUGAUGGAAGGAGAAUGACUGAGGCUGCUGGGGCAGUUGCACCAGAGUGCAGGAGGCAGGGUGUGGAUGUCCCCUGCAGCAAAAUGGGAGGAGGACAGAGAGGAGUUUGACUCUCUCCUGUAGGCUGGAGGAGGAGGCGCCAGCAGGAAAAGUGGGGGAGAUCUAUCCACAAGACCUCACGGCCCACCCUUGUUUCCUCCAGCUUGAUUAUCCUCCCUCCACUCACCCCAACAACAACAUAAGACCUCCCUCCCCAAUUCCAGCAUUUUGCUUGUGGCUUUGCAUCCCAGCAGGGCUGCUGUAGUCACAUUCAUGUUGGCAGCCUGAACCAGGAAGCCAUUAGCGUUACAAGGAGUUGGGCAGCCGAUAGAGGUGCCAGGGUGUGGGGCACCCAGAGUAGCAACACCAGGCAGGGCCUGUGCUGGGAGCCAACUCGGACACCAUUUUCUAAGUUAUUUGCCAAAGUUUCCCCUUCUGUGGCCAAGCUGUCUUGCGUGGAUCUAACUGCUGCCAAUCAAAAGACGGUUGCCAAUGGACCUCCCAGUAGGGUUGCCUCAUUUUCCUGAUGCAGGUCCUUGAGGGAAGCUAAAAACAUAUUUAUUUAUUUUUAUCCUCGUUUUGGAGGAUCUAUGUUCCACAUCACUGUUACAGAAAUGCAUCUUGUUUGGGCCCUUGCCAUCAAAUAAAACAGAUUGAGGUUGCCAUUUUCCUUCUUGGGUAGCCUCGACCCUGGGGAAGAGGAGUGGCCUGUCCGAGCCAAAAAAUUUUUUUAAAAAUGUCCAGGCCUGGCAGGGACUGAACCUCUGCUUGACACCAAACCUCCACCCUGAGGGAAGGAAGUCCCCCCCCCCCGCUACUGAGGUUUCAGGAGUGAACUGGAGGUGGGUUACCCUCCAAAGCACUAGCCGAGCCCUGCACACAGACAUUCUGGUUCACACAAAAGGACGGCUUGCUUGCUAGCUGGAGGGAACAAGUAGGCAUAUUUCGGGGGGGGGGACACCUUCCAUUUAUGUGCUUGUUUGAAUUCCAGGGGGAGGGGGAGGGGAACAAAAUGCUAACUUCCUCUUUGGAGAUGAAUAUUUGCAAAAAAUGUAUCUGCCAAGUGAGAGAGUGAAAAGCCAUAAUUUGCUAGACAUCCUCUUAACGACUGGGGCCAGAGACACUGAGAGGGGUGUCCCUCAGCUGCUCACCUGUUUGGGCUCAGCCCUACGUGCCCAUUGGGCAGAGAAGGGAGGCAGCUCCUUGGGGCCUGUCUCCCUCAAGCAAGCUUUGGGGAUGUGGAGGAGGAGCCUGGCUUCAGGUACCUUCUGUGGGUGAUGCAGCCGUCAGACCCAAAGAGGGAAUGCCCAUCCCAAGGGAGGUGAGGGAGGGGCUGUGGAAGGCAAGGCCAGGGGAGGAUGCGGGCUCCUUGGGGCAGGGGCCGCUGAUGGAUAUCCAGGUGGAGUUCCACCUGUCUCCCAGCGUUUUGGGGCCAGGGCCAUUCACAAACAUGCACAGGGAGGCAGGAAGGGCCCUGGGCUCUCCGGCUGGCUGGCAGCCUCAGCCUCCACGUUGAAAGAACAGAUGAAGUGCAUCCCACAGGAGCCUGUACCAGUCCAAAGGGGCAAGGCGCCUGCAGCUCCCAGGUGUGCCAGCCCCAGGGAACGACUGCGCUGGCCCAGAGCAUUUCCAAUGGGCUGCUGGGAGGCUUGCCCUUAGGCCCAAGCAGGCUGCUGUGGGUGGCCCAAGGGAGGAUGCCGCCACCACCUCCCUCCCUCCCAUUGCUCCAGCUGUGGGUUGUGAUAAAGCACCUGUUUUAUACCCAGUCUUGUUAACCCCAAACUGACUCUCCCAAAUAAAGUUAUACUA